GGCUAGUUUUGAGCCCUAGCUAGUCAAACAAUGGAUCAAUCGCAGGAAUCCGAACCAGGCAGCCUCGAUCGACUGAGCGACUUACCCGAUUCCUUAAUUCUUGAGAUUCUUUCGUUGUUGUCGUCCUCGAUUCGAGAUGUUGUUAGGACAACUAUUCUCUCGAAACGUUGGAAAGAUCUCUGGACCACCGUCCCCCGCUUUAAAUAUGAUUUCCGUGAUGAAGAUCCAAACUUUAUCCGUGGGGCUCUGGUACAAUGGAAAGGUGCCAAGAUUCUCGAUUUUAGCUUGUGUUUCAUUCACAACGAUCCUCCUAGUAGUGAUAUUAUCGAUUCGUUGCUUCUAUUAGCGAUGGAAAAACAAGUGGAAGAGCUAACUGUAGAUUUGAAACCAAGUAUGUCGAUGGAAUACUACGCGCCUCAGCGUUUGUAUUCAUGCUCGUCGAUUACAAGACUAUGCCUUUCUUAUUGUUCUGUACAAAUCAAGGAGAAUGUGCAGUGGAAUCAACUCGUUAGCUUAACAUUGGAACAUGUGGAUUCGGUGAAGGUGAGUUCAGUCACCAUGAGCCAAAUCCUGUCGGGUGCUCCUCGCUUGGAGCAAUUGAUUCUGUGGCCUUUGGAAGUGAAUGAAGACUUUUAUAUCGUAUCUACUAGUCUUAAGUUCCUCGAAAUCGGACUUGGUGAUUAUAAUCAUUCUGUAGUUUAUGAAAUUCUGGGAAUUUGGGCUCCAAAUCUCUUGUUUCUUGAGUUUUCAGGUGAUAUUUAUGGUAUUUGUUUUUUGGAUGUCCCGUCUUUGACUCAUGCGAGGCUUGAUUUUAUUGAUGAGCCGCCGCCUCUGGAAACGUUUGACUAUCUUCUUUGGAGCAUCCGCCAUGUUACGGACCUCACAUUAUCAGAUGUGGGCAUUCAGUUACUUCACGAGAUGAAGGAGAAAGAUAUGUUUGUGCAGUUUUCGAAUGUUACGUUUCUAAACGUCACAACUUCUAAAGUCGAGAAAAUGCUUAAUGUUCUUGACAUGUUUCCUCAGCUGGUGACUUUAUAUGCUGAACUCGAUGAGCUGGGGAGCAACAUGGAUCAAGAGUUUGAUGAGGCAAACGCGACGUUCUCUACUUCCUCUCUGCUCCAUCUAAAGACGGUUCAUAUUGCUUGGUAUCUAUGUGACGCCUUGAUACUUCCAUUCUUAAAAAUUAUUUUGGAAAAUGCUCGCGUGCUGGAGGAGAUUGUGUUUCGAUGGAAGGGAAAUCCAGAGAUGUUGCCUGGGUUGCCAGAUUUGUGGGAAUCCUACCAAACAACAGAUCUCAUCUUUAUCUAAUAUUGAUCAAUUGGCACUCGCUUUUGGUUUUAUGCAGUUGGUUUCUUAAUUGAUGUCUUGCUCAGUAUGCUUUAUUUGACAAUCUAUCUAUUCUUGUUUCGAUUCUUCUCUCUUUUGGUUU